UCUCUAUUACUUAGUCAUAGAUGAAGUCAUAAAGUUCAAGCUGAUUCAAAUUUGUUGUGAUUUUGUUGACAACUAAGGGUUAGCUGAAUUUUUGGUGAAAAAAUGCCCCGUGGUGUGGAGCAUCGUACAGUUUCUCCAAUAAUAGAAACAUUUCGAGCAGUCCUUCGAGGAAGGAAUCACAAGAAUGCAUUGAGAUAUUCCGAUCUAGUUUCAAGACGUGUUCAACCACCACCAGAUGUGCCGGGUGGGCCAUAUCAUAGGACUACAAAAAUAUAUUAUUGUACCAGAGAUGCAAGACGUGAAGUUCAACCGCCUUUAGUAAUCGCUUCUGCUUCUACGAAACAGAUAGCUACAGGGAAAGAAAAAACUGUUAAGGCUAAAGCUCUUACUCCAGGAAAGCCGCACAGAUGGGAUUAGCUUUAAAAACGGAAAGAAAUGUCACAUAUUAGAUGAGAAAUAAGGUGAUAUGAAUAGAUAAAGACAAUUCCUGUAUUAUCUUGUUCAUUGAUGACUGCAUAUAAUCAAUUAAAUUUGCUGUUGCUAUUUUAAA